CCUGCAUAUACCCAAUCCCCAUUCUCUUCUCCUCAAGAAACCUUCACGCAGAGAGAGAGUUUUUGGGUAUUGGUUUUGUGUGGCAUAGCUGCGAAGAGACACGAAGAGAAAAUGUUCAGGAAUCAGUACGAUACAGACGUUACUACAUGGAGCCCCGCCGGUCGGCUCUUUCAGGUUGAGUACGCGAUGGAGGCCGUCAAGCAGGGGUCCGCGGCGAUUGGACUCCGAUCCAAAACGCACGUCGUGUUAGCGUGCGUCAACAAGGCCAACUCCGAGCUAUCGUCACAUCAAAAGAAGAUCUUCAAGGUCGACGACCACAUCGGAGUCGCAAUCGCUGGCCUAACUGCCGAUGGUCGUGUGCUUUCUCGAUACAUGCGAUCUGAAUGCAUCAACUACUCCUUUAGCUAUGAGUCUCCGCUCCCUGUCGGUCGUCUUGUUGUUCAGCUAGCGGAUAAGGCUCAGGUAUGCACCCAACGUUCUUGGAAGCGGCCUUAUGGUGUUGGUCUUUUGGUUGCUGGCUUGGAUGAAUCUGGAGCUCACCUCUACUACAAUUGUCCAAGCGGGAAUUACUUUGAAUAUCAGGCUUUUGCCAUUGGGUCACGAUCUCAAGCUGCAAAGACUUACUUGGAACGUAGGUUUUCGAACUUUUCGAACUCAUGUCGCGACGAUCUGGUCAAGGAUGCACUCCUUGCAAUAAGGGAAACAUUGCAAGGAGAAACCCUCAAGAGCUCCAUUUGCACUGUUGCGGUAGUAGGAGUUGGGGAGUCUUUCCAUAUAUUAGAUCAGGAAACUGUUCAAAAGUUAAUUGAUGCAUUUGAGAUAGUUGGAGAGGCAGAGGGGCCUGCCGCUGAACCGGAAGCCGCUCCUGAGCAAGGUUUCAUAGCAGAACGAGACCCUGGCUCUGAUGAAGGGAUCGCUCCAAUGGAUAUAUGAGGAUGCAAGAACCUGCAUGGUGGGCCCUCCUUGUUCUCAGAUGAUAAAUUUAAGUUCAAGUUCGCAGAAUUUAGCGGAAAAUGGAAGGCACCAUUGGUGAGGUCGGUUCCUUGGAUUUUUUACUUCUGGGUAUCUCUUUUAUCAUGCAAUUUAUCUGUGUCUUGUUGGUGCAAACAUUUUUAUGCUUCUUGAGUUCUUGUGGUGAACCUACAUCGACAUUUACGCUGAUGAUCGCAGACAAAAUCAAUGGACUUUGUUGUGAUCCAAGCUAAUGACAAUUUAGCUGUAUUAUGGAAAGUGAUGUAUGAUGUAUCUGAUUCUCACUAGUAUUCACAAAUUGCUUGAAACUGAUU